GAGAGAGAGAGAGAGAGAGAGAGAGAGAGAGAGAGAGACGAUGGCGGAAAAUUGGUUGCAGACUCAGUGUGCUCUGUGACGGUGACGCGCUUGGAUUACUACAGGCGGUCUCUGGCGCGACGAACUUUCCGACGGGUUUGACGACCUGAAUGAUCUUCUAAAAAGAAACCCGAGACGAUUGCAGACCCUGGCGAGUGAGGGACCAGCAACAAGAAUAACAGCAAAAACAUCAACAGAAUCCCGGGGUCUCGGAAACUCAUACAAAAAUUCCCCGAAAAAACAGACCAAGAUAACAAUUCAAGGCCGGUGGGAUUCGACGUCACGGGCCGCCUUUGGCAGGGAAGCCGAAAAACGCCGACGUCCUUAGGACCAGGAUUAGUCUUUGAUAUCCCAGCCACUGUUCGGUACGACUUCACGAUGAGGCGACAGCAUCAGUUCGCGAUCCUGGUGGCGUUGGUGGCCGCGGCGGCAGUGUCAGGACGGAGCGCUAUUCAAACGGAUGGCGACGAGGCGGGAGGCGCCUUCAGCCCACCAGUGAAGAAGUCACCCAGGGUUUUUGUCAACACAUCGGUGCCCUUCAGCGUUGCCCCGCAGCCAGUGAGGGACACCCUAGAAGUAGCCCAUGCAAAACAGACGUUCAUGAAAACGUUCCAGAGGAUCCACGAUGCGGUGAUUGCAGCAGACACCGAACAUCUAAACUACACGGUUCUAGAAGAUGACCUGACCAACACCUUGGACGAUGGAGCUUCCGGAAUCGCUGCAGUUGAGGGGAGGACGUCCACCUUUGCUAACCGAGGACCUGCACCGGUCAUAGGACGUGACUUCCAACCAGGCGUCAGCAGUGGACCAAGAUUCAGCAUUUUCCCAGAUCCUGUGUUUGAGCCCGAGUACUUCCUGCCUUCGGUCCACGUGGAUCCCCUUCUCAUGAGUCAAUUUAAUCCCCCUCUCCCCCCUAAUCCAUUUAUCCAACAGAUACGUCCUUUUACACAACCGGGGAUGGCUGGCACGUGUUACGAGAUCAUCCUACUUGAGCCUGAGAACGAAAUCUUCCAGAUCUCGAGAGGUAAUAGUAGUUUUCGUAGUGAAUCCACCAAGAGCUUAAACAUCAACACUCAUAGUAGCUUACUUGAUGCCAUUUCACCCGCAGUCGAGGGCAGAACCCGAUCUAACCAGAUAUCUUCUCCAGCCUCACAGAUUCCUAUACCCGUUGGCACGCCCGCCCUCCCAAACUUCGGCUCACGAAAGCCGGUGUCACAUUUCAGAGCGCCGCAGCUGUCUUUCCUCAGCCUGCUUCAGAGCGGUGGUCCUACUGGGAGGUAGAUGUUGUCCAAAGGGCAUACGACGUCACCUCUUAUGGUGUGAUUACUCAGCAGGGGCAAAAGAGGCAUUUCGUUUUCAGAGUUAGGAGAGAACUGCUGUGAUAUCGUCCCCUUCAUCAAAAGUUCUCUUCACAUAGUUUGUUGGUUGACUUAUAAAUAUGUAUUCUUCAUAUACUGUACUAUUGUUAUUUUUACGGUGUUGGCUAGUUUUCAGUUAUUAAUUUAGUCCUAAUAACUAAGAAAAGAACAUGCUUUAAGAUGACAAGCACGAGCAGGAUGUAAGAGCCUUACUCGAACAACCGUGUAGAAAGAUGCUAUUUUCUUGGACUCAACUAUAAAAGUAAAUACCAAUCUCUCUCUCUCU